UUGUUAUUUUGUUUAUUCCCGUUUUUCCCAACGUUUUUCCAGCUUUUCAAGAGGCAAUUUUAUUUUUUUUGGAAUUUCGCAUUGUUUCCAAGUGAUAUAUUGUUAAUAAGUGGAUGUGUUGCACUAUGGAUGCUGCCCUUGAAAAGUCCUGCUUGGAGGGAAUAAGUCACACCGUUAUUGAUUCCAACGCAAAGAUUUCAGUUCGCUCGAUCUCCAACAACUAUGGACUCAACUUCGCCGAUGCCGUUAAGAUCCUUCAAAAAUGGAUCGAUGCUAAUGGCAAAAAGAACAAACUUUCGAAAGAGUUCAUAGUUCGGGGCAUCGAUGGCAGGGAGUCGUCAAAAGGGUGUCCCUUCAUUACACUGGCCGAUGAACGGAAGCUAAAAUCGAUUCAAACUAAGGCCAACGAUGUUACCAGUGUACUGUACUCAGUCGAGGUUGCAAGCGAAUCCGGUCGGAGGAUCACUGUUCCCGAUGAACAAGAUUUCCGAAUGAUUAACCUUCCGUUGAAAACAGAAAAACGAGAUGUUAAAGUAUUCACUCCAGCUGAAACAUCAGCUGUUGUCAAGCAGGAAACCAAACCAAAAGUAAAUUAUUUGUUUGGUUCGUCCUCGAGCACGAGUUCUAAAGCCCCGAUCAAAUCGGAACCAAAACCAACAGCUUCGGAAGUUAAACAAAGCUCGCCCACCAAAAGUGCACCGGUGACUAAAUCAAGCUCCCCGCAGAAAUCUCCAUCCAAGAACUCACCUGGCAAAAAAUCUAACAACAAGAAACCGGUCUCGGGAAAAGCUUCAAUCGCUUCAUUUUUCUCCAAUCAACCCACCAAAGCUGCGAAGUCGUCUACGGCUUCAGCACCUGAGGUAAAAACAGAAAAAGUUUCCCCCAAAGUAGAACCGAAAGUCGAAACACCCUCUUCGGUGGAAAAGAAAAAAUCGGAAGAAUCGGAACAACCCCGCUGGAAGCGAAUGAUUUCCGAUGAAUCCGAAGGCGAUGACGAUGUUGUUCCGAGCACGCCGCAAGAAAAGAAGGAACCCAAAAAACGUGGUCCAGCUAAUAAAAAAGUGGCAACCGCGAAAAAAGUGGCAGCCAAAAAUGCGAACCCGAGCAAAAAAUCCCGAAUUAUGCAGAUCGAAGAUUCCAGCGAGGAAGAGGAAGACGAUGAAGAUAAGAAGAUGCGAGACCGGGAGGAACGUCAGGUCAAAUUAGAACUGAGCGAAGAUGAGGACGUUGAAAUGAAGACUACCAAUGGUGCCGCAAACGUGGACCUCAGUCCGGAAAAACCAGUCGAGAACGACGCUAACCAUAACAAUAAGAAAAGAAUUAGGGUCAAGAAAGAGGUGACCCGAACUUUCAUGGAUGAAGAAGGUUAUUUAACCACUGAGAAGACGUUUGAGAUGGUGUCUGCUUCCGAAGAUGAAGCCGAUGAUACGACCAGUAAAACUUCCGGAGGCGGGAAAAAGGCAGGUUCCGAUUCGGCUGCCGAAACGAAAGGUAAAGUCGAUUCAAAGGAAAAGAAAACAGCUAGCAAAGUGACACCUCCAACUCCAAAAACAAAACAGGGUUCGAUUAUGAGUUUCUUUUCAAAAAAAUAAUUUGUCUCCUAAAUGUUGUUAUACGGACAAUGGAUUAUUUUGUAUUUCCCAGUGUUUAGAGUUGGAAGGUUAGUAAACUUUGUAUAAAUUGUUCAAUUACGUGACCUUGUAUUGUAAGCGGAAUAAAUCAUUGGUUAAAAUUUA